GUGGGCGUGGUUUUUCACAGGUGUCACAGGUGUAGCGUCGUCUCCACUCCUUUCAAGUGCUGCUCAGGUGAAAAGGGAAAAAAAAAAAAAAAAAAAAAAAAAAUCAAACCAGGCAGGAAGCUAUUUGAGGAUAUUGUUUUAAUUUGCAAAUUUUAACAUCGACCUCUGUUAAUAUCACCGAGAACACACAGCGGUUGCUCUUCAACAUAAUGCCCUAGCCUUCGUCGUGUGGGAGGGGUUUGUAUCUGCGACAGGUAACUCUGAUCAUCUGUACACCUGCACACGAGAGAGAGACAGGAUCUGAAUCCGGUCCGAGUCCUCCAUCAUGAAGUUUCCUGCCCUGCUCUUGGGUUUUGUCUUGGUGUGUAGUCUGGGCAUCGCUGGCUACAUCCAUACCAGACGGAAGCAGGAACUGCAACUGAAUAAACAGGCUUCAUUUUUAGAUAUUAAAUUCAGAGUGACUAGAGAUGUUCUGGGAGAAUACCAAGAUCAGCUGAUCCAGUCCAACACACAGAUAGAAAAUACCAAGAAAGAGGUGGAUACUCUAACCAAAGACGUGUCCGAAGUUAAGAUCGUAGUAGAGCAGAAAAAGAGUGACGCUGCUACCUGUAAAGGAGACAAGAAACGAUUCACAGAUGAAAUUGCUGCUUCAGAUACAGAGAAGAAACACAUCCAGGAUGAGUUGGUCAAGGAAAAGUCCCAAUGGGAAACCGAGGUUGCUACUCUUAAAAAACAAUUAGAGCAGCAGAGCACACUCUGCAAGUACAUCGACAAGACCUCCGACGAAGGAAAGAAACUGUGUAACAUAAUUGACGAGCCACAAAAGCCAGAGGCAAAGCCCAAAGAGCCAGUAGCAGUUGAAGCCAAAGCUGAACAACCGAAACCUGAGGAAAAAAAGGCUGAAGCGCCAAAUGCCGAACAGCCAAAAUAAAAUGCGGUGUGAUGGAAAACCAAGUGGAUUGAGUAUGUGUGUGUUAGGGAGACGGAGAACAAUACCAUGUCAGCGUCCACAGCUGAACUGAAGAUUAGCUAAACCUGAACGUCUUGCUUGGGUUGAUCUCCAACAUUCCACAGGCAUCCUUGAAAUGACAGACACAGACUUUCUCAACUAUGGGUUUGAAGUUUGACUGACAAUAUCACAAGGUCUGCCAUGUUCCUGCUCUGUUUUCUCAAAAAUAAAUUGGUUUAUAAGGAAUAUGGGAUGAUGCAGGUGUAUUGAGCUGCGUGUCUGCUUUAUCAGUUGCAUUUUGUUGUUCACUUUACCUACAAUUAAGUUAUGAAUUUUUUUUUUCAUUUAAUUUUUGUUUCUUUUGUUUUUCAUUUAAUUGUUUCUUUACUUUCUGGGUGUGUUUGUCUUUUUAAUAUUUCUUUUUUUUUUUUUUUUUUUUGUCAUUAUGUCAUUAUGACCCUCCCUCAGGCUCAAGCAUACAUGCCCGCUUGUAUCGACCAAUGGGAAAGCUCUGACCCUCUUACUGUCGCUCCUAAUUAUCCUCACUCUGUUACCUCAGUUACUAUCUUUAUGUAGUCCUGACAACAACGAGCUUACCCAAUCAGAGCCUUCAGUGGAGCAGUUAUGAGUUGCUCUUCAGUGUCCUUUGUUAUAAGUUUUGGUUUUAUGCUGAAAUAUUGUGAUGUUUGAUGUACAAAUAAAAGCAGAGUUUGGUUGGA